UGCUUAAAUCUUUCCUUAAACCCAUGAAAAUUGCGAAAGGAACAAGUCAGAAAUCGUUUCCCGGAAAAAAAAAUUUUCUGAAAUUGAAAUAAUCAGCCAUCAAAGAGUAAAGCCAAGAGAAAACUAAUGAAAUCAACAAAACGGGGAGCAGCAGCAGAUAGCAAUAGAGGAAGCAGUAGCAGUGGCCAUUUACACACUCUCCAUCAACGUCUGAAACAUGCUUUAAGUCUUGGCAACACCAGAUUGUGUGAUGAUAAAGAAAAGAAAUGGCAGUGUACGGAUAUAGAGAUUCAGAGGCAUGUAAUUCGUUCCCUUGCUGCUUUUCUUGAUUGUAUUUCUGGAGACGCCUCCCACCAUCGGCUUCUCAAGGAUUCACUCGCUGAUAUAGUUGGGGCAUUGGUGUGGAUUCUGCAAUGUAAAAGUGGAGCUAUAGUAGGCAUGGCAGCAAAUAUGGUAGUCAAGUUGAUUGGCACUAACAGUUCAAUGAUGCAAUUGUACUUGGCAGAUCUCAUCAAUCCUUUAUCAUCCCUGUUAUGUUCCAAAAAUGUAGAAGUUUCUACCUCCUGUGCCACUGCUUUGAACAUGAUCCUCUCCAAUCUAAGUGUUAAGAGCGAGAAAGAAGUUUGGGAGAUAGUCAAAGAAGCAAAGACUGUUAUUCAAAUUAUUAGGAUUAUGCGGGAAUUUCCUGGUGGAACCUUGUCUAUUGAGUAUUUUCAAGAGAUGGCUUCCCUUUUGAGUAUGAUAUUGUGGCAGUGGCCUCCAUCUCGUUAUUCUGUUUGGAAUGAUCCUAUAAUGAUGAAAGUUUUAGAAGAUAGUUGCACAAAAUCUAAUGUCUCUACAAAAGUUGCAGUGUUGAAAUUGUAUUCUGCAUUAGCUCUAUGCAAUAUAGUGGCCAAGAAGCUUCUAGAAAAUGGAGAAACCAUUCUACCAAUGAUGGUCAAUUCGAUGGGUGGCUCAGAGCCUCUGUCAAUUAGAAUAGAGGGAUUUAGACUUGCCCAGCAUUUAGUGGCAGAUGAACAUCGAUGCAAAAUAAUGACAAGCUUACAUUCUGGGCCUCUAGUUAAAGCCAUUAUUGGAGGAAUGAGAGGAUGGAGCUUGGUCUCUGGAAAGAUUGCAAAUGAUCAGUUGUCUUUGCUAGAAGAGGCCUGUCGAUUGGCUCGAAUUACUCGGUGGCCAGGAGAACAUCACAUUUGCUUUUGGGAGGAAGGGAUUGACAAAGUCCUUCUUGAUCUGCUUCUUGAAAACUUUGACAAACAAGCGUCAGAACAUCCUUUGUCACGUGAGGAACAAAUGUCAAUUGCUCAGGAAGGCCUUGAUGCAAAUUUUCUUCUUGCUCUAAGGCCACACAUUUGGGAGAUUCUUGGAUGGCUUGCACUGCACUGUGCGAAAGAUUUUAGACCAAGUGCACAUCGAAAUGAGCUCUAUGUUGACAUCCUUAUCACAUGUGCAUGCGUGUCUUUUGUAGAAGCAAUUCGCAAAGGAUGCCAAAUAUGUGAAAAUGGUGAUACCUAUAGAAUUGAAUCAUCCUCAAGAUCAGUUUUAAUGAUGAUGCAUUCUCCCAGCACGUAUAUUGCAUCAAAAGUGAGGCUCAUCCUUUCUGGAGUUCUAGAGCCAAAGGGCAAUGAGUAUCUGAAACGCUUGCUGCAUUUACUAAAGUAUUCAUCAUCAACAAACAAUUAUGGAUUGCCAAACAUUCAUAAAACUGUCAUUGAAUUAGUUGGCUUGAUUUGUUAUUCUGGUUUGCCACAAUAUCAAAAGAAUGUUAUUGGAGGUGAUGGAAUGAAGACAUUAGUGACUCUUAUAGGACGGUGCUUGAGAAAUCAAGUUUCUAUUAGGAGUAGGAGCGUUGCCCCCCAUUUUCAUAGUGCAUUUUAUGAGAGGGCAUGUUGCUGGAUGACUACAGAAGAAUGGGAAGGAAAAGAUGCUCUUCUGUUCUACAGUUUGUGGGGACUAGCUGAGUUGGUACAGCAUUCCUCUGAUAUAAAUCAUACCAAAUCUCACCUAGUUGAGACGGUACAAGAUGUCUUACAUAAUGUAUCUGCUUCUGGACCAAGAUGGUUUGCUGCAUAUAUUCUUAGUUAUUUUGGAGUUUAUGGAUUUCCAAAUAAACAUGACAAAGGCUUUGGGAAAGCACUUGAAGAUAAGGAACACACAGAUGUGCAACUCUUUUUCGCAAAUGGUGAGUCUGUGAGUGCUCAUGGAGUUAUUCUUGCUGUUCGUUGUCCAUCAUUGCUACCUCUUGAGCAAUUUCCUCAUCAUGUAAAAGCAACCGAUAAUUUUAGAGUAAGAGAUAUUCCAGAGAAGCUCUGUCCAAAGUUCCGGAAAGAAAUUCGUUUGUCUGCUAAUGUUGAUCAGCAGGCACUACUGAAGUUGUUGGAUUAUGUUUACUUUGGUUAUCUUGAAGCAGGAGAAGAGCUUGCAAGGAAGUUGAAAACUCUAGCUAAGUGUUGUAACCUGCAACCUCUAUUCCUAAUGCUUUGCAGAAAGAUUCCUAAGUGGGGUACUCCUAUUCCAAGCUCUGAUCUCAUUCAUGCUCUUGGUCCUGUUGGGUUCCAUUUUGUGGAUGUAAUCUUGGAAGCUAAAGCAACUGAACGAAGGCCCUGGGCGUGCAGCUUUUGCUCUCUAUUGGUGCCUCACAUGCAUGCUCACAAAAUUAUAUUGCAGUCAAGUUGUAAUUAUCUUCGAGCCUUGUUUCAAUCAGGAAUGCAGGAAAGCCAUUCGCAAAUCAUAAAGGUUCCUAUCAGUUGGGAAGCAUUGAUUAAGUUAGUGCAAUGGUUCUAUAGUAGUGAGCUGCCAAAUCCUCCCUUUGGAUGUUUGUGGGACAAUAUGGACAUUAAGGAAAGGCUAUAUGAGCUGAAACCUUAUGUAGAACUUUACUGGUUGGCUGAAUUUUGGAUUUUGGAAGAUGUUCAAGAUGCCUGCUUCAGAAUAGUUGUAUGUUGCUUGGAUUCUGAUAGGCAAUUGUCUAUUGAAGUUAUUAAACUUGCAGCUAAUUUCUCUCUAUGGAAGCUAGUUGAGGUAGCAGCAGAGUAUAUGGCCCCCCUUUAUCAUAAACUACGAGACACUGGUGAUCUCGAAGAACUUGAUGAACUGCUAGUUGAUUUGGUUCGUGAUGCUUCUGUUAGGCUUUCUCAAGAUCGUGGUAAUUUGUCUGGAUGAUAUUGUCUACAUCCACAUAAUUCAGUCAACUAUGAGUGUAGGAUGCCUUGAAACCAUUUCUCAUACUUCCAAUGUCAUGCAAUAGCAGAUAUGGAUGUGCUUGAUCUGCCUGGAGAAUUUACAUAGUCGCCCACCUAAUUUUAUAUUCUAUAAUUAACCAAUGAAAAGAAAAAACAUGAAAGAGUUAUACAGCCACAACCUUUUGGAUCCGUAACUCAGGUCUUUCUAAGCUAGAAAUGGUUCAAGUGUUAAUUUGGUAAAUAUUUCUUAAUUAUUAUUGAUUUACAUACUACUAAGGUGAAAUUUUGAGGAUGUGAUUCAUUUAGAAGGGUAGUAUUGAAGGUGAUUUAUUUGGUAAAUAGUUCCUUAGUAUUUGCUAUAUAUUUGUUCUAAGCAGCUUCUUUAUCAAGGCUGGGAAGCUUUUCUUGUUUAUGUUGUUGUACAAGAAGUAAGAACUAUGAUACAAUGAUGUUCCUAUUGUUGGAGAAUUUGUAUGUGUAUUUUGUAGUGAACCACCCUGUCUUGCCACUUGAAUGUAAAAUUGAGUUUGUCGUUUGA